GGAUUGACAUCGGCAUAGCGUCGUUGUUGUCACGUGGAGUCACAAACGCUGCGCUGCGUCCGCGUUGAAAAAAAUAUUUGUUCUAUGCGAAACCUGCAAACAUUUUGCGGCUGAAGCGGCGAUAUCUCCUGGGUAACUUCUCCCUGUGACAGCCGUUGCUGUUUCAGAACCAUGGAUGCAGUUCAUGAACCUGAAUUUCGGCCUUGGAUCGGUGAAACCAUGUCACCGGCAGACUUCAAACGAAAGUGGACGGACGCUUUGAAAAAUGAGCAACACGACGAAGAACAGAACGUUCGAGAAGCUAUCAUGCAACUUAUGAACAUACCGGAGUCUGUGUUAAAGACGCUGGAGGCCGACUGCAACCCAUCUACUCUGUGUUGUGGAGAAGAAAGCAUUGACAUAGCAAAUCUCCCCAAGCACGACGACCUCGUGACUCUGAGGCUGCAACGACAAGACCUUGAGAAGCGAGAAAAUGAUGAGGCGUAUCGUCUGAAGACGUGCCAUUACUUUCGCAAGGUGUGCUUCCUCUCACUAGUGAACUGUACAAAACACAAAACUCAGCAGAAAUUUCCAGAAGAAGAAUGUGUGCCUAGCAACGAGGUUGUACUGAUAGUACAGGUCUUCAGACCCAUCAUUAUGCCUUUGGGAAUGAAGAAAGUGCGCAUGGGCGCUCACAACUUUCCUUUCAAGAUUCAAGUAGAAUUAGCAAUGCUCGGUAGCCAGUCAUUGCGCAGCUUGCGUGAAAGAAUUGCAUGCAUAUCAGAUGCUGCUGUCGUUGGAGACUUCAGUGAAGACCCAGACAGAAUUUCGGACCAGCGAUCUAUUGAGCUGUACAAGUCGGGCUUUUUUUACAUAGGGAACACAUUCUACAAUGACAUGAGUGAUCCAUCAUGCAGAGACUACAGCGAGGUAAUAAUAGAGUGGGCGAAGGAUCCCCACCGCGAGAUAGGUCCUUUUAAAACUGCAGACAUGGAGAAGACUAAACUUGCAGACCUGGAGCUGCGUUUGGGAUACCCCUAUGUCUAUGUUCACCAAGGUUACUGUGAACACCUGGUGGUCUUCUCCGACAUGAGGGUGCUCCACCCACAUGACAGCCAACACAGGUUGGACUACCCAAUGGCAUUGAAAAGCUUCUCAUUUGGGAGGCGGGUGUUCUGCAUGCUCUGCCACCAGAGCACAGCCAAGUGGGUGACCCACGAGAACGAACGUGUCAAUGAAGACACAUUUUUCUUCUGCGAUACCUGCUUUCGGUCGUACAACUACACUACAGACAAUAAGAAAAUUGGCAAGUUCCGUGCAGCACCUUUCAUAGAUUGGAAUAUAGCCCUGUGAUAUGCACUAGUCAUUUCUCAAAUGUGGCACAGUUGUGUUCAGCUUCCUUGCUUUACCGUUGCACUGCAAGUGUGUGUGUUUAACGAAUUGUAAUGACCAGUGUGCACCAGCCUCCAUAUAAGAAAAUUGGCAAGUACCGUGCAUCGCCUUUCCUGGAUUGUAAUACAGUGCUGUGAUAUGCACUAGUCUUUUCUUGAAUGUGGAACAGUUGUGUUCAACUUCCUUUCUUUACCGUUGCACUGUAAGUGUGUGUGUUUAAUAAAUUGUAAUAACCAGUA